GGCUUCCGACCCGUUCUAAUGGUUGCCACCAUCCUCUGUAGUAUUGGCUUUGUAAGCAGUGCCUUCGUUCCUCGGAUAGAAGUGCUUUACCUGACCAUUGGAGUAAUCACAGGUAUCGGCGCAGGUUUGACGUACACUCCCACGGUCGUGAUGGUUACCCUCUUCUUCAAAAAGAGAAGAUCGUUUGCAAAUGGCGUUACAGUGGCCGGCAAUGGGAUUGGUUAUUUCCUGUAUCCGUUUUUGAUGAAGUACCUGUUCGACGAGUACACACUGUUUGGGACCCUGAUCAUUAUAGGUGGGGUAAUGUUACACAGUUGUAUAGGUGCGGCGUUGCUGAGGCCAUUAGAGAGUUUCAGGAAAAAGACGCCAAGAGAGAUGGAUGAUUUGAAUCCAGAGGACGACGUGAACGAGAUACAAGGGGGCGCAACUCAGGAAGAAGUGGACACGAUGUUUGAAAAGAAAAACACAAAAACUUCGGAACAUUCAAAGGCACAGUCCGAAAAUUGCUGCCAAAGUUGCGUCAAAAACUUUUCUUUUAAGGAUAUAUUUGAUUAUACGUAUUUAUGUAACCCUGUGUUUUUGUUAUUCGGACUAUCCUUUGCCUUUGCUAACAUGAGUUAUUCUAACCUAUUCAUAGUAGUACCUCCACAUGCGAACGAGUGUGGUGUGACGAAAAGCCAGAUGGCGCUUCUUGUAUCAAUGGCCGGACUUGCUGAUCUCUUUGGUAGAAUCAUCUUUGGAUUUGUGUCUGAUCUCAAAUUUGUCCGUCGCCGCUUUGUAUACAUUCUGGGGAUGCUGGCGGGUGGGACGUCUGCCCUAAUGGCACCUCUUGCCAGAGAUUUCGCUACUCUGGCCGUGUAUUCCUGCUGGUACGGGCUCUUCGGUGGCUCCUACUGGUCUCUGGUUGCACCUCUUAUGGCAGACAGCUUUGGAGAUCAACAGAUUUCUAAAGUAUUUGGACUGACAACAAGUUUUAUUAGCAUCCCUUCCCUCCUGUCACCCCCGAUACUAGGUUGGCUGAGAGAUGGCACAGGGAACUGGGAUAUGUCAUUCCGCAUUGCUGGUAUUUGGAUGCUAAUGGCGGCGUUAUUCGGAUUGUUAGUGCAGCUAGGAGAACGCCAUGUACGUAGGAGAGAAGCCGCUGAAAAAGCUACAGAUGUGAAAGAUCUACCCAUAGCAUAACAUAUCUUCACUUUAGGACUGCAUUUCGUAGACUAUGUAUAUCCAUUUAUAAAAUACGUAGAUUUUUGUUACUUGAAGGCCAAUGUUAUUGUUGUUAUUUUUAGUAAUAUACUGUCCAAAGAAGGCAGCCAGGUUCACGUGGAUGUCGUGCAAAACGUAUGCCCGUAUAUUGCUGUGCUUUGACAAUUGUGGUGAUCCGUCGUAGGUAGCCUAUAAAUCUACCCCUUAUUCAUUCAUGCUUAUACAAUCGUAUAUUUUUGUGAAAUAUCAAGCGUGAUAAAAUAUAGUUUUUGGUAAUAGUUUAUAUAUUGUUGUUGUUUGUUUCUUUUUUUAUAACGUUAUAUCAUGACGAUUGCCGUAUAUCGCAAAGCAAUGUUCGGUUAAGUUGAUUUUAAUCGUUGGUUCAGUUGAUUGUGUGGCAACAUGCCUUAAGAUAUUUGUUGCCAUGGUAUCCUUACAAUCUAACUUUGAGUACCCUUGUUUUGUGGAACCAGACGAGUUACUUUAAAUACCUAUUUAGUGUUAUUAGCAUUAUAUGUGUGUGUUAAUUGAUAUCAUGACAAGACAUGUUGUUGUUGUUUCUCGGAAUAUAUGGUCAAAUGACUCCCAUCUGUUAUGACCAGAACAUUGUAUGUGAUUUCACUAAACAUUGUAAAACUUGUGGAAAUAUGAGUAUUUAUCUUAAAGGCAAAGAAAACACAAAAAUGAAGUAUGUAUCAAUUGAAAGAUCGUUGAAAAGUAUCAAGGAAAAUAGUUGGCUUCAUUCUUUUACAAUUUGUUUAAUCUAGUAAAAUGCAUAUGAAUAUUUUAUUCUGUGGUGGCCUUUUCAGACCACAUGGGGACCAGAGACGUCAUAUAAGGUUUUUGCUACUUAACACGUUACACUACUACAUUCCAUCAUUUAAAAUGUAUAUAGAUCUAUGAAUGCAUUCGCUGAUUUGACCUUGAAACGAAUUAUUUCAGGCGAAAAUUAUAGAUGUGAAGUAACAUACCUUCUGGGUCACAACAGACCACCGUAGAAUCUGUUCUUUUAACACAAUUUUUCUCGGUUAGAAAAAUUCUAAAAAAAAAAGUAAAUUCAACUAUUUUCCUGGACAGUUUUUAAUGUACUUUCAUGUGAUAUAUACUUCAUUUUAGAGUGGUUUUUGCCUUUAACGGGAGAGCCUCUCCCGCGAAAAACUAGUCAGGUAUAAGCCAUCUACUACUUUGCUCAUUCCGAUUACGUAUAGCUCGCCAAUCGAUGACGCAGAACUCAUGUAUUGCUGUCAUCAUCGCGACCAUGUACGCACUCUUCAGCUUGAAUCAGAAUCCAUUAUCAAAGGGCUAACACCAUGAAUACUCAAGGAUAUGUUUUGUUUGUGAGUUCAAAAAUGGUUUUCAAUAUUGCGCAUAGCGUAAAUGCAGCUAUACAGUGCGAUUUAGAGAGGAUAAACUUAUUUUAUACUGUAUCUACUUUUUAAACAUUUUAUGUAGGAAUUGUCAUACCUAGCAAGUAGCAUGUGCCAUAUGUACCAUUUCAGUGCUUUAUGCACCAAGAGUCGAGUUACAUGUUCACAAGUUUAGAGGGAACAUUAUUUUAUGACUUUUUGUAGUUGAUUACCUGCUGAGUCUGUUCUUGUACAGAGAUGUGAAGCAUCAAUUCCAUAUGUUUUUGUUGUUUUGUUUUCAAAUGUUCCUUCAAAGUACUGAACCAUACAUUGUUUACAUUAAUCAAUUUUUCGAACGUUCCAAACAGUGAGCAAAAUAUCAUGAAAUUGUUCAGAAUGUCACAUUGUUAACGUAACCCAUAGCACUAAUUGUACACGAAGGCCUGUUGAAAUAAGUUUCAUUUCUGCAUCACCAGUUAUGAAUUCAUUUGUUUAGUGUGUAGGGUAUAAAUUUGUGAGGGUUUCCGUGGCUUAGUUGGUUAGCGUGCUAGCUCAGCGUAAUGGCCUAGGAGCCUGCGAUCGCUGUGAAGGUCUGCAGCAACCUGCGGAUGGUCGUGGGUUUCCUCUGGGCUGUGCCCGGUUUCCUUUCACCAUAAUGCUGGCCGCCGUCGUAUAAGUGAAAUAUUCUUGAGUACGGCGUAAAACACCAAUCAAAGAAAUAAAGGAAUAAAUUUGUGUGAAUUUGAUUCGUCGUUUACAGAGACCAAACAUUAUUGGUCAGCUUAUCGUUUUCUGAAGAUAAAGCAAAAUAGAAGAAAAAAUGAAUUCGCAACGAAGUAGGCUGACUUGAAUAUUAACUCAUGUAUACAAGAGGUUGUAUUUAUUGCCUAGUGAAUAAUGACUGCUCCCUGCAAUUAGUGAUAUUCAAACUGUGUUGUAAAUAUGUUAGUCGUAUCUGUUUUCAUUGCAGAAAAUUAACAGAACACAUGUUAAUAAAUGGUUGU